AUGAGUCAUUGUAUCUCCUUGUGGAUGACCAUUGCCAUUGGCUUGGCUGCAUUGGGUGCAACAAAGGCAGUGAUCUCGUUUCAUGUCCAUGUCCAUGGGGAUGAAGGGCAAGCAUGCCAGGAAACACUAGGGCAUCUGGGACAGCUCUGCUCUGGUGCCUCUUAUACAUGCACCCUGAACCCUGGACCAUGUGGAUCCGGUGGAGUGAUGGGGAAGAGCCUGGUUGCUGGGUCUGCAUUUGGCAAGCAUCAAGUCAUGGCAUAUGUGGGUCUCCUUGGUGCCUCACUAUACUACUUCUUAAAGUAUCUUGCAACUGGAGGAAAGCGACAGUAUCACAAAGGAUAUCUGUUGGGGAUCUUGGCAUGUGCUUUGGGAAUAUUGGAAAGGGUUCAAGCAAGUGGGAUUGGAAUGCCAACAGGAAAUGCUGUUGAUAUCUUUACCACAGAUGUAUAUGGUUGGAGUCUUGGAGGAUACCUAUCAAACCUGGAAGCCAGGAUUCAUUCACCUAUCAUCAUGGGAAUUGACAUUCUCCUUCUCAUUCUCCUCCCAAUCAUGAUACUAGGAAUACUGUGCAAGCAGAGUCCAUAUACAGUUCUGAUGUUUGGGACACUUGUGUUCUUUCGCUUUCAAUAUGGAGUCUUUUCUUCAGCUGUAAGGAUCAGUGGAGGCUUUUCACCUCCUGAAGAUGACUUUGCUAUGUAUGCAGAGGCCUCCCCAUCCCCCAUUAGAUACCUUGCAGAUGAAGCUAUGAAAUAUCUGAGUGCAGACAUGCUCUAUAAGCUGAAGAACAACACAAGCACUCUAUUAUCAGCUCUAUGGGACCUUUUGGAAAAGGUCUGGGACUCAGAUGAGGUUCAAGCACAGCUGGAGAAAGUGAAUGAGUGGACCAGUCAAGUGGGGUCUUGGAUUGGAACCAAGACCAGUCAAUUUACUGUAACUAAUCAUGAUUCCCUUUCACAUCUGCAUUCCACCAUGGAGAGGGUGAAGAGUUCAGCACAGGUAGCCAAAGCAAUUGAGAAGGUAGUAGAAGCAUGGGAGAAGAUCAGUGAGCAGAGUCAGCCAGUGAUUGAUCCCUCACAUUUCAGUAACAUAAUGAGUAGUGAAGAUACCCAAGAGACUUCACCAAAUGAAGGAGAACGAGGAAGGCCUCAAGGCUGGGCCAACCUUUUGGUUCAUUUUCAGCAGCAGAAGGUUGAUUGUGCACUCUGGGCUAUUCGAGGACUCACUAUGGUCAUUGUGUUUGGGUACUUCAUUCCACUGUUCAGCCAUCCCUACAAUAUGUAUUACAAGGCCCUGGCAGCAAAUGCAGCAAUAAAUGCCCUCAGGCUGCACCAGAGGACCCCCCAUGUCCAGAUGAAUAGGCAGUUUUUUGCCAGUUUACUAAUGGAAGACAGUUGCCACUACCUUUUCUACUCGCUCAUCUUCAUGCAUCCUGCACCAAUCACAAUGGUGCUCCUGCCCAUCUUCUUCUUUGCCCUUGUGCAUUUUGCCAGCUAUUCUCUGACACUACUUGAUUGCAUGGGGAUGAACAACUUGUGGAUAGCUCGCUUCUUCAUCUCCAUUGUGGAGCUUCAUUGCCGCAACAUUCUUCAGCUAAUUGCUUUCAUUGAGGUCAUGCUCAUGCCUGUGACCAUUGUCAUCAUCUUCACAGGCCGAGCGUCACUGCUGACCCCAUUCAUCUAUUAUCGAUUUUUGACGCUGAGGUAUUCUUCUCGACGCAAUCCCUAUUCUCGGAAAGUGUUCCAUGACCUGCGCAUUCAUGGAGAGAAUUUCUUCAACAAGCCCAGCAUGCCACUUGUGCUGAGAAACAUUUUUUACAAACUUGUGUACUUCAUUGAGCGUUUUGCACCUCCCAUGCCUCCAGUACAACAUCCACAGUGAUGAGCAGUAUCACUCUAAUUCACACAUUGAAUUAUUUCAUGUAUACCACUAGUUUGAUUUUGAUAUAAUCCAAAGUCUGUGAUCUACAUCAGAAAAAGUUCAUAAUUAGGUCCCAAUAAAAUUUUCAUUUACAAUUAAGCAUAACUUUUGUGCUACUCAAUGUUUAUGCUCCCAUGGGGAGACACUUCCAGGAAUCUACUAAUCAUAAAUGACUAUAUAGAGAGAAAACUCACUCCCAGGGGAAGCAAGUUUUCUUUUUAUAAUGGUCAGGGAUGGAACCUGACUCUACUGUAAUCAUGCUUUGUGGAUCCUUAUCAUAUCAAUUAUUUCCAUGCUUGCUGCCUGACCUCCUUGGUUUACUCUCCCAUACAAGGCCUUCAAGACCCUUCAUUCCCCUCACCUUGCUAAUUAUGAAGAGUCUUCUUUAUGCUCCAGAUUGUAUCUCUUUUGCAGAAUUAAUGGGUUUGAGAAAGCAAUAUUUCUUAGAUGAGAAGCAUGUGUGCCAUAUGGAACUGAUACUCUCUUUUUUAAAUAUUGAAUUCCAUUUUUCCCAUGGAAGUGGGACAUACAGGGUUGAGUAUGAGAUGUUGAUUUUUAUUUAUUUAUAAAUAAAAGCACACUCAUUAAGUUGAUUUUAAGAAAAUUAUUAGCAACAGAAACAUUUUUUGUGAAUCAUUUGCCAGUAACAAUGUGUUCAAUAUGACCACCGUUUUGAUGGCAAAUUUCCUUCAACUGCUGGAUGAAGUUGUUCACCACUCAGUGACAGAGUUCUUUGUCAAUGGUUCUACACAGUUCUGAAAUUUUUUGUCGAAGUUCCUUGAGGUUUUCAAUUCUUUACAUUUCAGUUCUUGAAAAUUCCCCUCCUGUUCAAAUUCAUUAUAAAGGUGCAAGAUAGUGUUCCUGCUUGGAGGAACCACCUUGUUCCAAAGAAAAGCUUUGAAGUGUCCUUGAGUGACAGUCACACUUCUAUUUUCCAUGUACAAAAGCACGAUUUUGCUUUUUUGUUGUCAUGUCAGAUGCCCAUUGUCUGCCAUGUUCAAAAAUGCAUACAGCUGAUUUUCCAUGGCCUACUGAGGCUCCCUGAAAGAGGUUAACCAACUGUCGAUACUGUGAAUUCAUCUGUAAUAAAAUAAAAACCUUCAACAUAUCAUGCUCUGCCCUGUAUAAUGAUCAUAGAGGGAGGGUUUAAAUUUUAGUUGUCAUAUGUACUCUCCCAGCAAACCAGAGUUUUUUAAUACAUCCCAGGGAGAAGUAAGAAGUCUCAUAGAUGACUUUUAGAGACAUCUCAGGGUCUCGUAAAUGUUGAGGUGAGGAGGUAUCCCAAGGAUGACAUUCUUUCAUUGAAAAGGAUCCAUUUGGGUUAUUCCAAGACUCAAUUUUGUCAUGACAUUUCUUUAGGGAUGUAGAGAAGUAUUUGCUUAAAAAUUGUCUUUAGGAUGUCUCCAUGCCAUGUGGGUAUAUAUUGUAGUUUUCAUGCAAGGUGGU